CAUUUUGAACACAUCAAGAUGGAUGCGAUUUUCAACCUACUUGAGAAGCACAGACUGCAGAGUUAUUACAACCAGUUUCUGCAGUUAGGUGUGAAAGAUGAAAGAGAUUUCCUCGAUGGUGUUACAGAUGAAGACUUAAACACCCUUGGAUUAAGUCAGGUGGAAAAGAAUCGUUUUUCUGCAAUGAAAAAAACCAUUGGCAGAUUCAGAGCUCCAGCCCAGCCAGCUGCAACAUCAGUGCAAAAGUCAGCAAGGUCAUUCUCUCUGCAGUACACAUACCCCAAAUGUCCAGAACUGAAAUUCAUCAGCGAUAUGGAUCCAGCACAAAACACUAUUGAAGAUGUUGAGGAUUUGUCAUCUUGAAAGUAUUCCCUCCUCCAACAGUGUCUGUCUCUACACAGUGGAUGGAAUGCCCCUGACAGAUGAUCCCUUCUUUAACACAUGGUCUUUACAAGACACAUUAAAAAUGGAGAUGUAAUCUAUGCUAUAUUUACACCAAAGGAGAACUUGAAUGGAGCUCCUCCAAAUUCACUGCCACAGGCAAAUUAAACCUACGGGACAGAUACAAUUCGGUGCCAUGUCAUGCUCAAGGAACAUGUGCGCAUUCUUGUGGCAAAUGGAAAAACCAAGCUGUAUGAUGCCCUAAAACAUGGAAUGCUUGAGCUGGAAAAAGUAAAGAGCAAGUUUCCAGACUGCAGACUUCGCAUUCUGUGUCUCACAGAUGGACAUGAUGUCGGAUCCACUAACAAGCCAGUGCCUGUAGCAGUCAAUCUGAUACAAUCUAACAUCAUUUUGGAUUCAAUUCUUCUUGGAGAAGUGCAGAACAAUUGUCUCCAUGGAAUCAGCAUUGCAACAGGCGGUUGCUGUUUCAAACCAAAGACAAGCAAAGACGGUCUCAAGCUUUUUGAGAUCGAGACUGUUCUUUCUUUGGCAAUAAGGAAACCCAAGAAGAAAGCUGACCCAUCAUCUAUCACUGAAAGGCUUUUAACAGGGUUCUUUGCUACUCAUGGGUACGAUGAAUUUCCAGAGGCCAUCUUACCAAGCCAGAUGAACAGUAAAGUGACAGUGACAGAGAAUGCUCUGAAAAAGAAGAUAAUGGAGGCCAAAGAUGGACGUUUCAUGGAGAAGGACAGACGUAUCCUGGAGGAGCUGAAGAGCCUGCACUGUAACCCACAUCCUUACUUUACUAUCUUUCCAUCUGAGUCCGACUUCACAUUCUGGAAGAUUCUCAUGGAGGGUCCUCCUGACACACCAUAUGAGAAAGGAGUCUUCGAGUUGUUUUGCCAGUUUGGUUCUGACUACCCAGUGAAGCCUCCUACUGUUCGCUUUGUCACACGAGUAUCCUGUCAAAUAUACCACUGCAAUAUAAACAGUGUGGGGAGGAUCUGCCACAACAUUUUUGACCGGAGCUACAAUGCCCAAAUCACCAUGAGAGAUAUUCUUGAUGCUGUGUAUGGACUGCUGAUUGUCCCUGAGCCUCAAGAUCCACUGGACAGCAUCCUGGCUGAGGAGUUCCUGACCAGCCAUGAGAUAUAUGAACAAGAGGCCAAAAAACAUACUGAAGAAACUGCCGGGCAAUCACUGGAUGAUAUGGAAAAGAAAUUGGUGGAUCCUGUGAAUCACUUCAUACCCCAGCAUCUCAUCUGCCCACUCACCAGGAAGUUAUUUGUGGAUCCUGUGAAAACAAAACAUGGAACAGUGUACGAACGAAAGGCCAUUGAAAAACACCUGAAAAGAUGGAGACAUGAUCCAUCAGCUGGCCUAGGGACCUUGCUCAGAAGAACUGAUCUCAAGUUAGACCGUGAAAUGAAAAGAAUGGUGACAGAGUACCGUUCCAGUCAAAUUCAGGAAACCAGUUUGUAACAAAAAGCUGGAGCUACCACUGUGCCACAUACAACUGUGCCACAUACAACAGUUCCACAUACAGUAAAUACAGUAUGUCAGUGUGAAUAAUGGAAAUAAUGGGGGAAAAAUCAGCUAUUGAACUGAGUAGAAGCUCAUGUUCUUCAUUUAUCACAUUAUGAAAUAGAGAGAUUUUAGUGUAAUCCUUUCCUUAUUUUACAAAUACUUAAUUAUUGUACUUUGAGUUUAUAUAUAAAAAUGAUAUACUUGUGACAAACUUGUUUCACCUGAAUGACUUACACCAAUUUGACAUAUUUUCUAAACUAGUAGGCAUUGUAGCUGAACUAUUUAUAUAAGAUUUUAUUCAACACUGCCAUUUAUUGACAAUGUCUAGUUCAACAUC